AUGACGAGAGCACCUUCAACAAGCGACUCCGACGUGGUGGAAGCGGAUGAGAGAACACCCUUGGUUAAUGGCACCCACGCACAGGCGAAAACCGACGAGGCCGAUACCGCAAUUGAGAACGGGCAGAGUGAUGUCGUUCCCACCUCCAGAGCGACCAUCGUCGGCAUUUUGUCCACACUGAUGCUGGGUGUCUUUAUCGCCUCGGCAGACUCUUCAAUUGUAAUCGCCACGAGCUCCCAGAUUGCGUCCGAAUUUAAUCGAUUCUCAGAGGCAUCGUGGCUGGUGACUUCAUACUCGCUCGCUCAAUGUGCUUGCCAGCCGCUGUAUGGGAAGCUCAGCGAUAUAUUCGGCAGAAGAAGCGUUCUUGUCUUCUCGUACAUUGUGUUUCUGAUUGGCUGCGGACUAUGCGGAAUCGGCCAGACAUACUGGCAAGUAAUUGCUGGCCGCGCGAUAAGCGGCGUCGGGGGUGCUGGAAUGAAUGGUCUCGUGAGCGUCAUUAUUGCUGAUAUGCUACCAAUCCGCGAAGUCGCAAAAUGGAGGAGCUAUGUUAAUGUCGUCUCUACCGUUGGUCGAUCUUGUGGUGGCCCCCUUGGCGGGUGGCUAGUUGAUACAACCGGCUGGCGAUGGAUUUUUCUCGGCCAAUGCCCAAUCUCCGCGGUUUCGAUCCUCCUCGUCGCCUGGAGAUUACCGAAUCUAACGACCCCAUCGGAUUCGCAAGACCAGGAGCAGCGAAAAGAGACCUUCAAGGACCGGCUGAGACGGAUCGACUUCCUUGGCGCGGCCCUGCUACCAAGCGCCCUUAUUGCGUUCUUCAUCGCGCUCGACUUUGUGGGCAAGUCUUACAAGUGGUUUUAUAUUGCACCGCUGGCCGGCCUCUCCUUGGUUUUGACUUUGCUCUUUCUGUACGUGGAGAAUUACAAGGCAGUUGAGCCGGUGUUUCCUUUGAGUAUUGUUUUCAAGAGAGAUGUUUUGACUGCAAAUGCACUGGCUGGGUUGCAACUUGCGGCGCAGUUUACGAUAUUCUAUACUACCCCAAUCUACUUCCAGGUUAUCACUGGCAUGUCCGCGGCUGCGGCAGGCAGUCGUCUUAUUCUCAUGGUUGUAGGAAAUAUGGUCGGCGGAAUCGUGGCUGGCCACCUGAUCAGCCGCACUAGACAUUACAAGGUGAUAACGACGAUUGCCGUUGGGCUCGGGAGCACCUGUUACCUGUUAGUUCUCAUCCGAUGGCGUGGAAGUACGGCAUGGUACGACACCGCCAUUGUGAUUUUUGGAGGCUUCGGUAUGGGUAUGACGCAGAGCUCAUCGUUUAUCCAUCUGGCAGCUUCUUUGACUGGUAAAGAGAUUGCCAUUGCCAGCAUGAGCUGGUACCUCAGUGCGAAUAUCGGGAUGCUAGUGGCGGCGAAUUUGUUCAACGCGCUUCACAACACAUCCCUCCUCGCAUUCCUGAAGCAGGACCUUCGCGAGAUUGACAAUGCAGAUAAGAUCAUCCACGGAGCGGUGUCGGACCUCGAAUUCAUCCGCACUCUCCCCGAAACUAUCCAGAAACUGGUCAUACACUCGUAUGUCAACAGUCUAUCCGUCACCAACGGUAUGUAA